UUUCGUGCGUUGGAUGGAGGAGCAUCACGCGCAAUGAAGGGGGAAGAAGCGGGCGGGGGCGGCCGCGUGCGCGCACACACGUAUCCAUCCCGUUUGCCUGCCUCCUUCCCAUCUCCCUCCCCACGCCGCAUUAAUUGCCCUGCAUCGGUUUUAAUGGAAGUGCCGGAAAUAUAUCUCGGCUUCGGAGGUUCCCAUCAUUAGCUGCAUCCGAAGAAGGAAGACCGAGAUACAUAUAUAGAUCGGGUCACAGGAAGCAACAUGCCGUGGGUGUCGCCGGCUGCGAAUUGCCACGGGAAGUGCGUUCGCUUGGUCGUCUUCUUUCGCGUCAUCCUGUAAAGUUCUCUGUCUACCUCUCUGUUGCCGUCCAGAUCUCAGAGACUUGACUCGAAACACAUGGUUGCAGGUGAGUGAGUCAGGCUGUUUGAGAUUGGUGAGAGAGAUCUCUGAUUGCUGAGAAUGCACAUUGAGAUCGAUCUGAAGAGGCAUCGAACAGUGGAGAAGGUUGGAGAGACCAUAAUGCAUGUCAGGAUCAUUGCUUAUUGCCAAUUGUUGCAAGUUUGUCAGGCUGAGUACUUCCGUCAGCUGCUUAAGCCCGUAACGUAGGUGGAGACUGCUGCUUUCUUCUUCUUCUUCUUCUUCGUCUGUCAAAUUCCUAACUCAUCAGUGAACACCACCACCACCCACGAUCGACGACGACGGCAGUGGAGUAUGAAGAGGAACACGAGAUACUUUGGUGGAAAGAAGGCUCCUUCGGAGGAUGCAUAUGACUCCACUGCAGGUGCGCCUGUUGCAGGGCACGAGCCCCAUGGAUUCCCUGGGCCGCUCAACAACAUCCAGUUCCAGCCGUCGGAGACGUGCCCCAAGAACAUGGUCAUCUUCGACCAGACACAUCAGCAGAGCCGGGUCAUGUUCCACCCUUGGCUGGCCCACAAGCUCGGCUCGCCCAGCUUCGAUGCCUACGGAGCUAACGCCCACGAGGCCGGCAAGAGCGGGUACGGCAACGACGAGGAGGAGGCGGAGGACAUCGACGCAUUGCUGAGUUCCGAAGAAGGUGAGGAAGAUGAGGUGGUCAGCACGGGGAGGUCGCCGUCCAAAAAGGAGAAGAUGAAGAAGAUGGUAAAGACGCUGAAGGGAAUCGUGCCCGGCGGCGACGGCAUGGACACACCUGCUGUUCUUGACGAAGCCGUGAAGUACCUGAAAUCUCUCAAGGUCGAGGUGAAGAAGAUGGGGAUGAAGCACAACUGAAGGCGGUCAAGCUUGAGGAAACCUCUCGAAGCUGUGCUGUGCUGUGCGGUGCAUGCCAUCAGGAGAAGUGGAGAUGGGUUGCUGUAGUUGUGCUGUGACUGAAAUGUGAUGGUCUUCUUCGUUGAGUACAGUGCUUGUAUUGUGUUUUGUUGUUCUGCCAUGGCAUUGAUGCAGGGGGAAUUUUGCCCCACUCUGUUUUGAUAUUGUGGCUUUGUACUACAAGAUUGUGGUUUUAGUACUCUGUCUUCUCUC